AUGGCGGAGGCACUUGCAGCAAUAGGCGCCGUGGCCAGUAUUGUCCAGCUUGUCGACUUUGGCAACAGAGUGCUUCGUCGUCUCAAUGAAUACCGCUCCAAGGCCGGGGACCUCCCAGACUCCUUCCACCAGAUUGCAACUGAUUUACCGCUCCUGAUUCACACCUUGGAAAUAACAAAGGAUGCUAUCGAUGGUGGACGAAUCGAUGAGAAGACAGAAAAGGCAUUGUCUCCUGUGAUCGAUGCUUGCCAGAAGCAAGUAGAAGAACUCAAUCAGCUUCUUGAGAGGAUCCUACCAACGGGAGACUCGUGGAGGAAUAAGACAGCGGCCGCCCUGAAAAGCGUGCAGAAGGAGUCCAAUGUCGAGAAAAUACAGUCAGCCAUCAGAGGCCGUCUACAGACUUUGACACAUUAUCACGCAACUGCCUCCUCCACCGCAUUGGCACAGAAAGAUGAAAUAUUGAGCAAGAUCCAGAAGUGGCUUUCUCCCCCCGAUCCCUAUGUCAACCACAACAAGGCCUUCAAGCAAUGUCUGCCUGACACGGGACGCUGGUUUAUUGAGGGUUCUCAAUAUACAGAAUGGAAGACAAAACAGGCAUCAUUCUUGUGGCUUCACGGAAUCCCUGGAUGUGGUAAGACGAUUCUGAGCUCAUCCAUCAUCCAGGAUCUCAUUCAGCGCUCAAAUGACGAUCCUACGAAUGCGGUCGCAUUCUAUUACUUUGACUUUAAUGACAUCCAGAAGCAGCGAGUACAGCCAAUGUUGAAGUCGAUUGUUGCACAGCUCUCAAAGCAGUGUCAGAAAGUCCCUUCGGCUUUGGAGUCAUUAUUCUCAUCCUGCAAUGACGGCAGUCAGGAACCAUCCACCGAGGCCCUCUGCUCGACACUGUCUAGAAUGAUCCCGGACUAUUCUAAAGUCCACCUUGUGCUGGAUGCCCUGGAUGAAUGCGCUGAGCGCGAGGAUUUGUUGGACACGCUCGAGCAGCUCGCUUCUCUGAAUGCGGAGAAUUUCCACAUGCUGGUCACCAGUCGUGCAGAGCAUGACAUUGAAUUAGCCCUCCGGCCUCUCCUAUCAGAGAACUUUAUUGUGCCUCUCCAAAUCCCUCUCAUUAAUGAGGACAUUCGUCGUUACAUUCGUCACCGGUGGUCAAAUGACAGAUAUCUCGAGCGGUGGGAACGAGACCACAGUAUUCAAAGAGAAGUUGAAGAGACACUGAUGGAAAAGGCAGAUGGAAUGUUUCGCUGGGUUGCGUGUCAGUUAGAUUCAUUGGGAAAGUGCGUGAAUCGUCUCAAGCUCCGAAAGUCAUUGCAAACAUUGCCUCCAACACUCGAUGAGACCUAUGAGCGGAUUCUUCGCUCCAUAGACGAAGACAACGCGCAGUAUGCCCUUAGAAUCCUGACGUGGCUUGUCUACUCUCAGAAACCACUUCGCCUUGACGAACUAGCGGAAGUAGUCGCGAUCGAUGUUGAAAACUACGAUUUCAACACAGAAGAAGUUCUUCCGGAUCCAUCUGAUGUGAUCGCAAUAUGCUCUAGCCUGGUUGCUAUUGGUGAAGAUACUGGAUAUGAAAAAUCCUACGUCAAGUUGGCACACUACUCAGUCAAGGAGUAUCUAGUGUCAGAACGGAUAAAAAAUGUCCUGCCAAUUUACCAUCUUCCAGAGAAGUCCUCCCAUGUAAAGAUCGGGAAAGGAUGCCUGAUAUAUCUGCUGCGGUUUUAUGACCAGAACUUGAGUUUUAAGGAUCUAUGCGCGCAAUUUCCGCUAGCCCAAUAUUCAGCUUUUUACUGGAUUGAUCACCUGCGAUACGCCGAGAGGAAUACAGAAGAAAUGAAUCCCCUCUUCAGGAGGCUUCUCUCCUCAAGCGACUAUGUCUUCCGUUAUCGCUGGCUGUUCUAUUAUAGACACGGUUUCGCCAACAGACUCCCGCGCCCGCUUUACCUGGCCGCAUUCUUUGGACUCGAGGAACUCGUUCGAGUGUUUCUUGCUGAACAUGUGGUCGAUGUCAAUGAAAAGAACAAAUUUGGCACCGCUUUACAUGCAGCUUCCGUGGGAAGCUACGUGGGAAUAGUGAACGAGCUGAUUCAGGCCGGAGCAGAUAUCAAUGUCCGGGAUAAAUACAAGAAUACUGCUUUGCAGAAAGCUUCAUAUCAGGGCUCCACAAAGAUCGUGGAGCUUCUUCUUAGUAGAGGGGCUGAUCCAAAUUUGCAAGGGGGAAAAUAUGGCUCUGCCCUAUAUGCUGCUUCAUUCUGGGGCCAUCAAGAAAUAGUGAAGCUUCUCCUCAGUGCUAGCGCAGACCCAAAUUUAGAAGGAGGAGAAUAUGGCACUGCCCUACAAGCUGCUUCAGCUGGUGGUCAUCAAGAAAUAGUGAAGCUUCUGCUUGAUGCCAGGGCAGACCCAAAUUUGCAAGGAGGAGACUAUGGCACUGCUCUACAGGGAGCUGUAAAUAGCGGGGUGAUGAUAUUGUGA